CUUUGUUGUAAGUAAAAUUGUUGCAAUUUAAAUACAUACAUAUAAAUGUCGUUUAUAAAGUUAUAUUUUGUUGUAAAUUUAUUUAAUAUUAAUAUUUAAUAAUAGUAAUCAUAACUUAGUUAUUAGCAUCAUUGUAAUCAUGUCUUACAUUAUAUAAGUUUAUAUAAGUUACAAACAAUUCUAACACACACAUUUUAUUAUUUCCUUUAAAAUAUCAUAAUGAUUAUUGCAGAUAUUUAUCUCAUGGUGAUAGCGCUAAAUUAAAACAUGCAGAAUUUAGAAUAGGCAAGUCAACUGUUCACAAAAUAGUAAAUGAGACUUGUCAGGCGAUUUGGAUAGCGCUACAACCAAUUGUUUUGAAACCUCCUAGUAAAGAAGAUUGGAAAUCUUUCAGCGAAGAAUUUAUGAGAAAGUGGCAAUUUCCAAAUUGUCUGGGAGUAAUAGAUGGGCGUCAUAUGAGAAUUCAGGCACCACUCAAUUCUGGAUCGACAUUCUUCAACUAUAAACAAUUUUUCAUCAUGAUGCUGCUUGCCAUCUGCGAUGCAUCAUAUAAGUUUACUUGGGUUGACAUCGGGCAAUAUGGUUUUAUAAGUGAUGGUAGAGUGUGGGCUAACACUGACUUUGCAAAUGAUAUCGCUGCAGGCAAUUUACCCUUGCCAAAUCCCACACCACUUCCAGAAACAAAUAUUCCUUUUUCCUUUGUGUUUAUUGGUGAUAAAGCUUUCCCACUUUCAACAUAUAUGAUGCGGUCCUAUCCUCGUAAAAAUCUGACUGAUGACAUGAGGAUUUUUAAUUAUCGCUUAUCACGUGCACAGCGUACGAUAAAGAAUGCCUUUGGAAUUUUGACUGCACAAUGGCGUAUCUUAUACAAACCCCUUUGUAUGUCGACAACCAACAGUGAAAAUGUGAAGGCUCUCAUCGGUCUACAUAAUUUUAUUAUGUAUGGAGACGAACAAGAAAAUAUGAACAAUCGUCAAUAUUGUACAACAGAUUUAAUUGAUACCGAGAAGCGUGAUGGUAGUAUUAGAGAAAGACAGUGGAGACGGCACUUUCCCCCACAUUUUGCUGAACUCGGUCAAUUAGAUGUUAACCGUGCAGAUUCUAUAACGAAAGAAAUGAGAAAUAUCCUUAAAGGAUACUUUGUUUUUCCAGUUGGUGAAGCUCAAGCUCCAUGGCAAUACGAAAACACGUUCAGAGGAGCUAUUAUUAAUCCUCUUGUGAUAUAAUUUCUUAUACAUAUGAUAUACAGAAAAAAUUUAUUAUUUCUGAAUUUAUUUUGAUUUUAUAACUUGAAGUAACUUUAUUAUAUAUUCAAAACUGGAGCGCUCGAAACAGUAACAUGCUCUAUCUAAACCGCUAAUAAUUGAUUGCAAACGGUCGCGCCAACCGCUCCGAUCCCGUGCGGUACCAUUCCGCGUCCGAUGGACACCUUGUACAUUGCCUAUGGUAAUAAAACCCAUAAAACUCUUUAAGUGCAGUGCUUCGUGAUCCGCUUAUUUAUUUACCAAAUGCAAUGCAGAUCCUCUCCUUUCCACGCCCGCAAGUGGCGAGUCAGCCGCGCUAAUUCUUUAAUCGCGCAACAACAAAACAUUGGUCCUUCGAGCCGGAUGGAGGGAAUGCAGCCUCGUGGAACAGUGGUGCGCCGUUCGCGAAACUAGAGGAAGCGCACUUCCAGGCAAGAAUUGCUCUCGUCCCGUGCACAUUUUUGGAGCGCGCAGUGCCGUCGCUUGGAACUCGUGCUCCCCGCCGUCUUCACACUUUGGAGACGCUCCUCGCUCGACGAGCGUUACGCGUAUUUUUGUGCGCUGACGUCAUGCAUGCUUUCCAGCACGACUUCCUUGAGCGCCUUCAACAAUCCUGCUUUCGUUUUCCUGUCGGACAGUGACCUGAAACGGUCAGGAAUAUUCACGGUCGAGUCGGACGAAUUUGUGCGGAGCGAUCGUCUCGUUAAGGCGUCUUCGGGGAAUGUGCCACUGUGCUGUGACUUUGAAUUCUCGCCGUUUUAGUGCUACGGUGGCGCUUAUAUCGCGUAGUGUUCUGUGCCGACAUUGCGCAAAUGUAUCGGCAGAUUCUCGUCCAUCCCACUGAUAGACGAUAUCAGCUGAUUCUUUGGCGUCGCGAUCCGACGGAGGAAAUCAAGACGUUCGAGCUGACGACCGUAACUUUCGGUACCGCUUCCGCGCCGUUCCUGGCACAACAUGUGGUUCGCCAGCUUGCAGCGGAUGAAAGUGACCGGUUUCCGUUAGCGCGAUCCAUUCUGACUACCGAGAUCUACGUGGACGACGUCAUGUCAGGCGGCGACUCUCUCGACACCGCUCUCGAAAGGCGCAAUAAGGUUCGUGUCCGUUUCUUACUGUGUCCGAUUGACA